UGAAAGCAACAAUCAAAUCAGAAUCAAACAACAAUCGUCGUCGCUUCGAGGCAUCGAGUAUCUGGGAUCCAUAGUACCGGGUAUCUGAGAGAACUCUCGCUACUAAAACAACUUAAACGCGGUUACUUUUCCUAUAUCUUAAUUUAGCUUGUAAUGUAACAACGACAUCAACAGAAAAAAUGAGAAUCACAAACGUAAGACGUGGUAGAAUUUUUCGCAUAGCUGGUAUUUGUGCGGUAUUACUAGUUUUGAUUUAUGCCCUGCAAAGUUGGACAAGUGCAAACGGCGGCGUGGAUACAAGUGAAUUUAUCAAUUCUGACGCCCAAAAAAGUUAUUACAAAUUCCAUCGAAAUGUGUAUCCGGCGCUAAACACUGAAUUAGGUAACUUUGAACCUAAAACAAGAAGAUCAGUAAGCGGUCCAGGGGAAGAAGGGAAGCCAUACCAUAUGUCCCAAGACAGGACUAAUGACAUCAGUGACUCGGAGAGUGAAUAUGGCAUGAACAUUGCUGCUUCAGAUGACAUAGCUAUGAACAGAUCGAUUCCCGACACUCGGCUGGAGGAGUGCAAAUUCUGGCAUUACCCCAAAGACCUGCCGACCACGUCUGUCAUUAUUGUGUUCCAUAAUGAGGGAUUCUCUGUGCUGAUGAGGACGGUACACUCCGUUAUCGAUCGCUCGCCUCCUGAUAUACUGCACGAAGUUGUAUUGGUCGACGAUUACUCGGAUAAAUCCAAUUUAAAAGAUAAUCUAGAUCAAUAUAUAAAAAGAUGGAACGGUAAAGUCCGCUUGAUUCGAAACCCACAGAGGGAAGGUUUGAUUCGAACUCGAUCGCGUGGGGCGCAAGAAGCUACCGGUGACGUCAUCGUAUUCCUAGACGCGCACUGCGAGGUCAAUAUUAACUGGUUACCUCCUCUCUUAGCUCCAAUAUACAGGGACUAUAGGAUAAUGACAGUACCAGUUAUAGACGGAAUCGAUCACAGGACAUUUGAAUAUCGACCGGUAUAUCAACAUGGUACAAAUUAUAGAGGCAUAUUUGAAUGGGGCAUGCUUUACAAAGAGAACGAAGUCCCUGACAGAGAAUCCAAUCUUCACAAACACAAAUCAGAACCAUACAAGAGUCCUACGCACGCGGGCGGACUGUUCGCUAUCAAUAGAAGAUAUUUCCUUGAAAUUGGCGCAUACGACCCUGGUCUAUUAGUCUGGGGCGGAGAGAACUUUGAGUUAAGCUUUAAGAUAUGGCAGUGUGGCGGCAGUAUUGAAUGGGUUCCUUGUUCUCGAGUGGGUCACGUGUAUAGAGCGUUCAUGCCGUACUCAUUCGGAAGUCUCGCAAAGAACAAGAAAGGCUCCCUUAUAACUAUAAACUAUAAGAGAGUGAUAGAAACGUGGUUCGACGAGGAACAUAAGGAGUACUUCUAUACUAGAGAACCUAUGGCCAGGUUUUUGGAUAUGGGUGAUAUUAGUGACCAGUUAGCGUUGAAAGAGAGGUUGAAAUGUAAGAAUUUUGGCUGGUUCAUGGAGAAUGUGGCGUACGACGUUUACGAUAAGUUCCCGAAGCUGCCUAAAAACGUGCAUUGGGGUAUGGUGAAGAAUAAGGCGGCUAGUGUCUGUCUUGAUACUAUGGGGAAAGCGGCUCCAGCGUAUAUUGGCACAUCGAGUUGUCACGGCGCGGGCAACAACCAGCUGUUCCGUCUGAACGAGGCGGGUCAGCUGGGAGUGGGCGAGCGCUGCGUGGAGGCUGACAGCGACAGCCUCAAGCAGGCUAUCUGCAGGCUCGGAACUGUCGACGGACCUUGGAGCUAUGAUGAGAUGCACAACCAGUUAGUGCACCGUCUGCACAGCCACUGCCUGACGCUGCAGCCGCAGUCGCGUGCUCUGUCCCUAGCGCCCUGCGACCCGCACAACACCUUCCAGCAGUGGACCAUCGCACACAAGAAACCCAACUGAAACUUCCAUUGGAAUAUUUUUACACCAAAGCCUUUACAAUCCGUGACUGAGGGGAAUCGAGGCUUAAUUUCUUCAAUAUAACAAUAUAACACAAAACCAUAAUUCUUGCUUUCUCUAAAUUUGUAUUGUAUUUUAUUUACAUUGAUUAUUUAUUAUUUGCUGUGUCCAUAUGAGUACUUAAUUUACUAUUUUAAUUGUUUACAAUAUUUCUUUUCGUGUUAAGUAUUCUGUUCUGUUUCUUACCUAUUGUGUAAUUUAAUAACGUAUGAAAAAUGGGGAAAAAAGGGUUUUAACAAAAGUGAAAAAUCACCAACAUUUUUUCAUCUAAUAAAAUAUUUGGCUGAAAAGGAAUAGCAUGAAAUUAAUUUUACAUGUUUAAAUUAAAAAUAUUUUUAUUUUAAUUCUUAUUUGCUCAAAGCUCCUAUAAAAUUAGCAAAUUGCUUGGUGUUUAAACCAUUGUUUUAAAGGUAGGUUUUCACGGUAUGUGUGUUACGUCCGAUACGAGUUAAAACUCGUGAUCAGAUUUAGAUAAAAACUGGUGUUAUAACCACUCAAAACAAUCACAAUAGGCAUAGUUGUAAGAUUAUUGUAUUUAUUUUUAAGUUUCAUCUAACAUUGACAAAUUAAUCAGGAAUAAAAUGUUCCUACAAACAUUACCUAGCUUGUAAAAUAAAAAAAUCAAUGCAUUUCAUGUGUAUUUCGAAAAUAAUCGACUAUUAAUUGUCAUAAUUAAUUCAAAACGUAGAUUUAAUAUAUUACAAACGGCUAUUAAGUUCAACUUGGUGUAAAAUUAAAAGACUUUUGUUGGCUACAGUCAAACAAACAUCACAAAAACUUUGAAAUUAUAGUUAUAUUUAUUUUCUAUUUAAAAUAUAUUUUUAAGUUCGAUUGCAGUCUAGUUUUAUUUAAAUUUAAUUUUUAAUGAGAUUAUUUUAAUGUUAUUUAUAUAUGUAUUGUAUUUACAUUCCCAUAUGAGGUUUAUUUCGAAUCUCUAAAUAUAACCACUCGCCUGAAAUUAAAAUUGCAUUUAAAAAUUAAAUAUCAUUGUACAAUAUUUUUUUAUUACUUUCUUUUAUUUUAUUUGUAUUGAUAAUACUUAAAAAUCUAUUCUUUUAUGAGAAACUUAAGCUGUAAAAUAAUUUUGUCAUCUCAAGCGUAAAUAAGACUGAAGUCUUGAAAAAUGGCGGAAAGUGAGUUAAACAAUAAUUAUACAAAUAAAAAUGUAAUAAUUUUAAGACCUGCUUUUGUAAUGCGGAAAAAGGAAACCGUAUUUUAUUAAUUCCGAUGUAAUUUAGCUGUAAAUGUACACCAAUUUCUUUCUUUGUAAAUUUUCUGUGAUGAAUUUUUUAUAUAUGUAAUUCGAU